ACUUUUAAGGCCGUCAAACUUACGUUUUAUAUGUCAAUAAAUCUUUUAUAGCCGAUUAUAAUAUUCUGCAAAUUUAAUUUUAUCAUGCAGCAUCCGAACGGUAUUGAUUUUUAAUCAUUUUUGAUAUAUCCACGACGUUAUUUAGAAGUGUUAUAUAUUCGAACACAGCUGAACGAUGGGUAAAGUAGCGACUAAGGAAGUGUUGAGGUUCAUGACUGACUGUCUAAAGGCGGCAGGAGCUGGUCCCAAACCUGCAGAGUUGCACGCCAAACUUCUGUUCGAGGCUGACAGAAUGGGCCACCCUAGCCAUGGACUCAACAGACUUGAAAUGUACGUGAACGACAUAAUCAGCGGCGCCUGCCAACCCAAUAACCAGCCCAAAUUGAUAAAGGAGAGUCCGUCGACGGCGCUGGUGGACGGCUGCAACGUCCUCGGUUCCACGGCUAGUGAGUUCGCGAUGAAUAUCGCUAUCAAGAAAGCCAAAGAGACUGGAGUCGGAUGGGUCACUGUUAAAGGGUCCAAUCACCAUGGUAUGGCCGGGUACUGGGCACGACUAGCAGCCCUUGAAGGAAUGAUCGGAAUGGCGUUCACAAAUACUUCACCAUUACUUGCGCCCACCAGAAGUAAAAAGAGCGCACUUGGCACAAAUCCUCUAUCCGUGGUGGCGCCAGCGUCAAAGGGGGAGAUGUUUUACUUGGACAUGGCCACAACGGCGGUGGCUGUCGGAAAGUUAGAAAUGCAGCGUCGCAAAGGGGAACCCCUGCCCAGUGGUUGGGCGCAAGGUCCUGACGGCAAAGAAACACUUGACCCAGAAUUGGCGAUAAAGACAAGCUGUCUCAUGCCUCUGGGGGGUGGUGAGAAAACGUCUGGAUACAAAGGUUUUGGACUAGCUGCCGUGGUAGAAUUGUUCUCCGGUAUUUCAUCGGGCGCCAACUAUGGUCAUAAAAUUCGGCCGUGGUCUCACAGCGGAUCGGGCGGUCCUGCGAACCUGGGACAUUGCCUCGUCGCAGUGAACCCGUGUUGCUUUGCAGAAGGGUUUGGAGACCGGCUGGCUGACAUGAUACAGCACUGGAGGAAGCUCGAGCCGACGGAUCCAAAGUUACCAGUGAUGGCCCUCGGGGACAAAGAAAAAAAAGCGGCCAAAGAAACCGAUUGCAAUGGAACGGUAUCAUACGUAAAACAAAUGAUCGAGUCGGCCGCAGCACUAGCGAAGAAAUUAAAAGUUAAACCAAUGGAAGUGAAGCAAUGUUAAAAAUUAACAUAGUGAAAAUGUGUUGCGAUAGUAAAUUUAAUACUUAUUUAAUAUAUUUUGAACAAUUUUGUA